CUAUGCCACAACACUUAACUCUCCUGCUAGACUGUCCUGUUGUAAUUGUAGCCAUUUUUGUCUGUGGUAUCGGUGGGACGUUUCAAUAUGGAUACAGUGUGUCUGUCAUGACAUCCCCUUCUGCCUUUAUAAAAGAUCUGGUGAACAAAACCUGUGUGCAAAGAUAUGGCGUCUUCUUGGAACAGUGGCAGGUCUCUCUUAUCUGGUCCUUCACUGUGUCCAUUUUCUGCAUCGGGGGAUUACUGGGUUCACUAUUGGCUGGUUCACUGACCUCAACAUUGGGCAGAAAGAAAUGCCUUUUGAUAAACAACUUUGUGGCUAUAUUUGGAGCUGUUUUGAUGCUUUUGAGCAAAAGAGUCAUGUCUUUUGAGAUGAUAAUGACGGGACGAUUUCUCUACGGCAUCAAUUCAGGAAUUGGCAUUUCGGCUCACACAAUGUAUCUAACGGAAUGUGCUCCUAAGAGGCUGAGAGGGAUGGUAGGAGUGACCGUUGCCACCUUCGUCUCUUUGGGGAAGUUCAUCGGUCAGCUGCUGGGAAUCAGUGAGUUACUUGGGACAGAGAAGGAGUGGCCCUGGUUGCUUGGUUUCAAUGGUUUCACUGCGCUGUUCCAGCUCCUCAUCCUUCCCUUCCUGCCAGAGUCUCCCAGCUUCCUGUUGUUGGUCAGAGGAGAUCACCAAGCCUCUGACAAAGCUUUGAAGAGGUUAAGGGGUGAUGUGGACUACAGCAAUGAGGUUGAGGAGAUGCUGGAGGAGAAAGCUGCCUUGCAGAGCAUCCCCAACCACUCAGUGUUGGAGCUGAUUCAGAACCGAACAGUUAUUUGGCAGCUCCUCACUAUCAUUGUUACCUUUACUGCACUGCAGCUCUGUGGCAUCAAUGCUGUGUACUUCUAUUCUUUUGAUGUGCUCCGUGCAGCUGGAAUUCCUGAAAACAAGUUAGCUUAUGCCGCUUUGGGAACAGGCCUGUGCGAACUGUCCAUCUCUGUAGCCAGUUUCAUCAUUAUAGAGAGCACAGGUAAAAAGGUCCUGAUGUUCAGAGGGUACAUGGGGAUGUCUGCAAUUUUGAUUCUCCUCACCAUCACUUUAUACCUGCAACAUCAUGUUUCUUGGAUGCCGUACUGCAGCAUGGUCCUCAUUUUCAUCUUCAUUUUCUUUUUUGCAAGCGGACCAGCUGCAACAACAGUUGCUCUUCCAGGGGAAAUUUUAACUCAGUCAUUCAAAUCAGCAGGAUACACACUCGGAGGCACCAUCAACUGGACGGGCCUGUUUGUGCUGGGGAUGCUUUUCCCCAUCUUAGUGGAGAAACUGGAUAAUUUUUGCUUCCUUUUAUUUCUGUUCUUCUGCCUCAUCUGUGGGGCGCAUGUGAGAUUUAACAUGCCUGAGACCAAAAAUCGGACGGCACUGGAGAUUGCGGCAGAAUUUGAGAAGAUGCACUGCAAAGGUGGAGCAUCAAAGCAGAACAAUCCCACUGAGGGAGAACUUUGUAGAAUCAAAACAAACGAGACUAAAUUGUAAUUGGAGUGAACCCUUUACUGAUCUUUAUCUUUAUUCUUCAUCCAGCUUUGACUAUAUGAGUGGUUAAGAUAUAAAAGGAGCAUCCAUUGUUUAGCUAUAUGUUUGGUCAGGUAGUUUCUGUCUUUAUCUUGACUGAGUUGAAGGUCAAAUCCUUAUUUAAGAGUUAACGGAGAAUUCCUGGUAAUUCCAAAGCUUCUUAAACUCUUCCUAAAACUACUUUUGCAUAAACUUGCAAUUUACUG